GAGACGCGGAGAGAGAGGCAGCAGGCAGGGAGGGGAGCAUGGCGAGCGUCAAGCAGGGCGGGGACGCGGCGAAGGCGGCGGGAGGCGGAGGGGGGCUUGGGAUGCCGGCGGCGGAGGUGGAGCAGGUGUUCCGGCGCUACGACGCCAACGGCGACGGCAAGAUCUCGGCGGAGGAGCUGGCGUCCGUGCUGCGGGCGCUGGGCGCGCCGCCGGGGCCCGGGGAGGUGCGCCGCAUGAUGGACGAGAUGGACGCCGACCGCGACGGCUUCGUCGACCUCGCCGAGUUCGUCGCCUUCCACUGCGGCGCCCAGCCGGCGGAGGGGCAGGACGACGGCGCCGCGGAGGCCGAGCUGCGGGAGGCCUUCCGCAUGUACGACGCCGACCGCAACGGCCUCAUCUCCGCGCGGGAGCUCCACCGCGUCCUGCGCCAGCUCGGGGACAAGUGCUCCGUCGCCGACUGCUCCCGGAUGAUCCGCUCCGUCGACGCCGACGGCGACGGCAGCGUCAACUUCGACGAGUUCAAGAAGAUGAUGGGCGCCGGCGCCGGAGCCAGGCGCUAGCAGCCAGCCAAGGCCCAAGGAGGAGGAACCUCCCUGCAUGACUCCGAUCCACACCCCCAAAGGCCUCCUUUUACUGUAGUACUACAUACCAAGCAAGCACGGUUUUGGAGGCACUCUGAUCUGAUUUCAUGGUGAACAGCGGAGGUGAUGUUGUCGUGUAAAGGUGUGAUGACCUGCUACUGCUUUUGUGUCUGCCUUCUCUGCUCCUAUAUUAUGAUGUAAUCUACUAAUUGACUAAUCCCUGCUGUCGCUAAACGGCUAAAGGAGGUUCCAACUUUUAAUCCCUUUGUUUGUUUUUGUUAUGGCAAGCCCUUUGUUUAAUUUGCCAGGGCCAGGUGUGGGUAAUAUAUGAUCACCCUUCACUGGACCUCAAAACAUAUCGUUUGCUACCUGUUAAGUAAUCCAGUUGUCCUGUACAUGCAUGCACAUUUUGAAUGAUUUUGCCAGAAGAUC